UCCAGCAGGUGGCGCCGUUAAUAUCCAUUUGAACCACAGAAGCUGUUUUGUUUUUUUAAUACAAAUGAACUGUUGUCCUUUUGUAAUGUUGAACCCUACUGUAGCUCUGUUUUGAUAUUUCGCUAUUCAAGGACUUCAUUUCAGAAGCAACGGCCUUAAAGUACGAGUUUUCCCGCGAGGUGACAGAGGAAGGUCGCACAUGAGGAGCUACAACUGUAAGCUGUAAGCUGUAGGAUGAAUCCACUUGAGUGGGAAGCCAUUCAACGACUGCAGAGAAAUCUGGACCCAAAUCACCAGACUGCUGUUAAUAAUAAUAACAUGGAGAAUACCUCAGGAACUCCUAACGACUGGGACCCUUACUGUCAAUAUUCAAGAUACACUGUCGAUGAACCACAAGGCAGCACUGGAGUGGAUUUAGGAUCAGAGGCGCGUAGUCCUCCCUCGCAUAACUUUUACAUGAAGGAGACAGAAGAUGAGGACCCAGAUGGAGAACCAAUGGCCGACGAGGAUCCAGAGCUGACGAGAAAGCGGAAAGAGCUAAAAGCAAUAGAGGAGCAGAUAUUACGCAAGAAAGUUGCUAUUGCUCUGAAAAAAGUUGAACCGUUUGUGAAGGGGACGUCACCUCAAGGCUUUUCCUCCAGUGAAGAAUCAGCCACAUGCAACAGUGCGAGUCUUCAAGACAGGGUGAAUGUCAUUCUGCAGCAACGACAUCCUGUCAGCUCUCUGUCAAAGGUCCAGUCUCGCAAAGACAGAAUAAACUCAUCCAGCCUGAGCAAGGACCCCUCGCUGCAGGCAGACCAUCCCCUGAAGCUCAGAGUGAAGGCAAUAAUGAAGCAGAGAUAUAGUGAGCCCGGUAUUAUACCAACAAACGAGGAGGCCCCUCAUGUCUCACCACCUCCUCACAGUCAAAGUGUUACUUCACCAGCUAAAGAGGAAAACAGCAUCAACCAGGGUUUCCAGCGCUUCCUCAGUGUGCUCAACAAAGGUGUGGACAUGGACUUGCUCAGUAGGAUCGUAAACGAUGACAGUGCGGAUCUUCCCUUAGGUGAGGAGCUCCUGAACAUUCAGCCUCCUGCCGUGGAAAACAAGUCAGAUCUGCCUUUCAGGAGCGAGAGCCAGCGAUCAAACAGUGGAGCCUCACACCCGGGCCAUAGUCGGACCAACAGUGGAGAGAAAAAGAGUCAAGAGAAAUCUCUCUAUAGACCUUCUCUACCUGGUGAUGAAAAAAAGAAAAGUGACAGAGGAGACCUCUGUUUUGGCUCUAGUAGUCGAUCCAAGUCUCCCCCAGCUGUGAAGAAGACAAAGAAAGAAGAAGAAAAACCAAAGGUGGAUGAGCAGUGUGCACAGCUCCAGAACGUUCUUAAAAGUCUGGGACUGAGCCUGGAAAUAGAAGAGAUGAGCAGAUUGUCAGACCGCACUCAGGAGAGACUAUACGGGAAGAAGAAUGACGGCAUAAGGUUCGACAGCAGAGGGGAGCAGGAGAGCCAGGAGAAGGGCCCUCACCGACAGAACAGAAUCUCCUCCUCUUCUUCCUCUUCCUCCUCCUCAAGGUCGACUUCCAGAAGCUGUAGUUCCAGCCCCUCUCGCCCUCAGCGUUCCCGCAGCAGAGACUUGAAACAAAAGCGAAGAUCUAAACACAGCCGCUCAAGAAGCAGAAGCAGAGAUCGAGCACAGAGGCACAGGGACAGAGACAAAAAGGACUCCAAAGAAACCUAUCAAUGCCCAUAUCCACCAAACCAAACAUAUCCUCAUCCCCACCCUUCUGAUUCCUCUAAAUUCCCUGAUUACAGUUUGUCGCAGUACACUGAGUACCACGCCUACAACAGUGGCUCUUACAGCGCUGCUACAACCUCUUACUGGACAUAUACUCAGGGUGCCAUUCCUCCCUCCACUUAUCCCAGCGUGCAUCCUUAUCCACAGGACACCUACAGUCACUUUCCCGAUGCGGUGGCAGCACCUAGCACGGUUUACCCUCAUCACGAUCCUCUUGAAGACAUGAACUUUUUUGUAAAUCCAGAUCUCUCCAAGAGUGAAGGCCAAACUGGAUUUACCUCUGGCCCUCGCUGCCUGCAGGUCAUCAGCACAAAGCAGCCAACUCAGUCCUUUGUUGUUAAGCAAGUCACAAAAGCCUACAGGAUGAGGAAGAAGAGAUUUUGGAAAAAAAAAAAGCAUUCCAAAAAGAACAAAAAAAAACAACUCAAAGCCCUACAGAGGGCACAGGUUGCCCCACAGCGCAAUGAAGAUAAUUCCAAAGCCAAGGACUCAGAAGAGAAAAAAAGGCCUCGUACUGACGAGGAAAUAAAGGCCAAUCUGAGGAAAACGCUUGAAGCAUUUAACCAGAAGGUGAAGCAAAAAUUGACCCAAACACUGACCGAAACUCUGGCCCACUCUGAGUGGUUAAAAUCUAUGGAGCAUCAUGAGCAUCUUCAAAUUGAACCAGCUUUGAACCCUGACAGACCAUAUGGACCUCAUUUUUAACAUUCAUUAUUUACACAUGCAGUUCAUAUUGAUAUUUUAGCCAUUUUUUCACAGAUUUGUACUGAAUCAUCCUCACACUCUAACAAGUAAAUGAUAUUCUCUACAAAAGAAUAUUCUUGGGCAAGUAUUGCUGGUUUACGUGAGGGCAGAUCUGACUCAUUUCAGCUCUAUAUUUCUCACUCUGUUUCUAUUGUGCCUUUUUUUCCUCUUUUACAUGAUUAAGCAAAAUAUGUUUUGUAGGCAGUGUGUCUUUGUCUAUGAAAUAUCUAUUUUCUAGUCAUGGAUUAAGGGUUUAACCUGUAAGAAAUAGUCAGGUAAUGUUAUUUUGCCUUUACAUAUUCAUGUUUUUUCUCAUACUGAGUAAAGAAAUCUUUGAAAACAGUCAAGAAUGUUUUUUGUUGAGGGCAAAAAAUUAGCGAAAAAAGUGGGUUUCAAGAGCGCAGUCUGAAAAAGCUCUUAUGCUCACACUAGCAUACUAAAACUCAGUUCUUGGGGGUAGUACUCCUGCAUAAGCUACAUUAGCUGCUAUUAGCAUAACAUACAAAUCUCCAACCUAACCUCCAAUAAGUGAAU